AUGGCUACCACUCUAUCGACGACCAGUGUGACCACGUCAACGACUACCCGCCGUCCGCUGCGCAUAGCCAACCGGCGGAGACCGACAGCGACUACCAGGAUCACCACCACGCCUACGACCACCACCCCUAACCCAAUUACCACUGCCCAACCGACUACCGCCUCGCCUACCACAGGCCAAGCAACAACCAUUGAAGAUAUCUUGGAUGUUGAACCAUUACAGGAUAUAGGGGAUACAGAUGCUAUUGAAGAACCAAAUCAAGAACAACGUGGAACAAGAAAGAAUAACAAAGUACGUCGUCCUUUAGUGACUUUAAAGGAGUCGCCGGGAGACCAGAAUCCGUCAGCGACAAACGAAGAGGAGAACAAGAGACAGAGCAAGAAAUACAGUUCAAGUUUCAAACAGAAUCAAUUGGACGACCUACUCAAGUUGAAGAGCAGGGACCUGGAAACCACCACUGAAUUCAAAACGACUGCUGUUGAAGACUUCAACGCAGAAACGGCAUUAGCAAUAGCCGCUCACCAGCUCUUCAGCGCGCCACUGCCGGUCUCACAGAACUAUGACGACGAAGCUAAGACCACAAGAACAACGCAAUCAUUCAAAUACACCAGCCCUCAGUUCAACCAGUUCACGGACAAGACACCUUACGAGGAGUAUCCUAGCACGCCCACACUUAGAGACACAGUAUCUAACGUAGAUUUCAAACAAACGACAAAUCCGGACACCAGAAUAACACAAUAUGAAACAACAAGAACAACAGACUUCCAAGUUACGAAUCCGUCAAUAAACACGUUCGCUGGUUAUUCGACUCUGUCGACCACCUCGGAUUCCAGUGAACUAACUUCGGUUUACGAGCCCAAGUCAACGGGGACUUUAGCCAGAGCCAACGAAGAGACCAGGACACCGUCCACUAACAUCCGUUUUAACGUCCCCGAAGGAUUCACGUCGCGCUACACGACCGGUUAUACCACAACUGAUUUCGAGCCGAGCUUAACCACGAGCUUUGAAACGCAGAGGCCCAAGUAUGUCCCCGCCAGAGCCUCAACGUUCGGAUACUCUACGUUGACGACGGAGAACUCUCGCGAAUCUACGACGGAAUUCGAAACACCCAAAACGGGCCGUGCCAGAUAUCGGCCCACCACCACCACUGAUUCAAGCGAGACUCCUCCCGGUGUUGUCACUGUCGUGGGCAGAGGCUCAGGUAGAUACUCAAGCACACCAUACCCGGCCAUAACGAAUGAGUACCUCGAAACGACUCGUGGUAUUUUUGAGGACCCAACCGAUUUCACUUCGCCCAAAGUUUCGACUUUCGCUAGUCCGAUCCCUACUGGCUUCACUUCGAGGCAGAGGAUUUCGUCUCCUAGUGUUGUAAAUGCAGGGUACACUGGAGUGUCUCCGAGGUCUUCCAGUAGAAGUCCAGGGUCUAGCGAGAAGUACGGCACAGAGAAUUAUGGUUAUUCGACGGUGACUUACUCUCCGGCCAGUCGAGAGCCUUCGUUCUUUACGAGGGAUUAUCUUCUGGAGUCACCUGUGACUAAGACUUAUGAUGAAGAAUACCAGUACCUAACGCCUGUAACGACGCCGAAACCAAGAAAAGUGUUCAGAAAGAAGAUCCAACGUAGAAUAACUACGACAGCCCGGCCCACCACUUCCACCACGGUCAAACCGUCCACUCCGGUCCGACCCAGGACCACCACUGAGCUGUACGAGAAGAUAUCCAGAGCCCCAGUGAGGACUUACAGGCCCAUUGUGAAUUAUGAUUAUUAUGAUGACAGCGACGAGAAAGUAGCCAACCGGUACGCCGAGGGUACGAAGGUGAUUCUACACGAGAAAGGUACAAUCGAAUGCUUAGAUGUGGGUAACUUCCCUCACCCGACCUCCUGUAAGAAGUUCAUAUCGUGUGCGCGUAUGGAAGGAGAGACAAUCGUAGCCUGGGAGUACAUAUGUCCUAAAGGCCUUAGCUUCGAUCCCGUCGGCGGUAUAUGUAAUUGGUCAGCGGGCCUGGGUUGUGAUGAGAAGGAUGUUUAA